CGUUGGUCAUGUGCUUCUCUCCUUCCUUCUCCUUCCUCCGAUCCACGGAGAACGACGACGAGAGGAGGAUUCGCAGGGGAAGCGAUCAAAGUGAAGUUGGCGAUAAGAGAUAUCGACGAUGUAUGCUCAAGCGGGGCUUCAUCUGCCUUCGGUCUUCUCCCACGGCUUCUUCCAUGACUACAGCGGCGGCCACUACUCGUACCUACCGUUCUCCGACGAGGGCUUUCUCUCCCACCGAUUCUAUGUCGGAGUCGAGGACGGUCGGCAUAACUUGGCCAAUAUGGCACAGGCACCCUCUGUUUCAGAAUAUGAUAUGGGAGGAGAAGGAGACCUAUUCAAAGCUCCAGAACCCAUCUUAGAAGAUCCAGCACUUGAUCCCAUGGCUAAUGCCAUGUCCAUUAUAUCAGGUGGAGGAGAUGUCAUCACAGAAACAAUCAAGGCUGCAGAUAUAGAGUCAAUCCAAAACGAUCAUCUCACUGACAUUUACUUUGAGUGCAAGAAGGACCUUAUGGAGAAAUCGGAAAUUGAAGAGCCAAUUUCUCAGCUCCUAGAAGAAUUGAAGAUUCCGGCAGUUGGGAUGGCCGGUGUUCCACCCCCUGGAAAAAUUCGCCGAGUAGAAAGAUCAAUUCAGAAAAGUGCAAGUUCUGAGUGUUUAAGCUCAUUAGAGUGGUUCCCUAGUUGCAGUAGAAGACUAGACUUCCUUGAUUUCCAGGGAUUGGAUUUUGAAGCUGCACUUGGUUUGAGGAGAGCAAGCAGCGAAGGAGAUGUUCAGAAUCUUGGCAAUAAGAGCACAAACUCAAGAAAUGCCACCACUGUAUGUUCUUCAUUCGAGCAACCCUUUUCCAUCAGUGAAAAUAAGACAGAGCUGCGACUACAAAAACUUUCCAGAUACAGGGAGAAGAAGAGUAAGAGAAACUUUGGCAGAAAAAUCAAGUAUGCUUGCAGGAAGGCUCUUGCUGAUAGUCAGCCUAGGAUUAGGGGAAGGUUUGCAAAGACGGAAGAUAACAUAUCCACUCAAAUAGUUAACUACGCAAGAUGUUGAAGCUGGUAGCAGCCCAUGAACUCCCUUGUUGACAAGGCUAAUCAUGAAGUUGAGAGAACAAUGAGAUGGAAGAGAUGAGGCCAGUAGCCAUAUAUGGACAAAUUUUCUUUCAUUAGGAUAAUAUUCAUGAUUCAUGAUGCAUCUUUCUAUCUUAUAGUAUCCACCACAGUAUGUAGAAAUUAAUGCACUUGUUCUUCUGUGCAGUAGUUUGAAUAAAAAGGAAAUUGAUGGUUUAUCGAUUUUGGUUA